GCAGCGCACGUCUGCCUCUGUCUCUAUAUAAACAAGUCACUACGACUUACACACCCUCGCCGAACGUGACGUGACUGCGGGCCCUUCUUCACCCUUUUCUCACAGGUCACAGCGUCCACCGUAACUAUUAAAACUCUGUUUCUUAUCUCUACUUAGGGUUUCUAAUUUCUACUCAAUUCCGUUUCCUUUCUUCUCCAUUUCUAGGGUUUGGGUUAGGGUUUAAGCUUUCUUUUCUUCUCUUCAAAUCCAUUAAUGGCGACAACUCCUACGACUGCAACUUCAGCUCCUGUGACGACAGUUAAGAGAAAGCCUGUGUUCAUAAAGGUUAACCAGCUUAAACCUGGAACUUCCGGUCAUACGUUGACGGUCAAAGUUGUCAGCGCUAAAACUGUUUUAAAUAAAGGGAGAUCGGCGCCUUAUGCUUCUCUGAACCCUCGUCCUACUCGCAUCGCUGAAUGUGUCAUUGGUGAUGAGACUGGCACCAUCAUCUUCACUGCUCGUAAUGAACAAAUUGACCUCAUGAAGCCUGAGACUACCGUGAUCUUACGUAAUGCCAAAAUCGACAUGUUCAAGGGUUCUAUGAGGUUAGCAGUUGACAAAUGGGGUCGUGUAGAGGUCACUGAGCCUGCUAGCUUUCAGGUUAAGGAAGAUAACAAUCUUUCCUUGGUGGAAUACGAGUUGGUGAAUGUUGCUGAUGAAUGAAAGGAAUAAAUUAGGUUGAUAGCACGAAAUGCGUUUAUUUAAGAAGCAUGCCUUUUGUGUAUUCAUCACUCUUUUGGAGAUUCAACUGUGAAUUAAAGUUACAUUGUUUUGCAGCUUACUUGAGUUUAAACUGCAAAUCAUCAUUAAGGAAGCAUGCCUUUUGUGUAUUCAUCACUCUU